CCCAAGUUCCCCAGCCGGCCGGCCGUCCCUGCCUCCCCGCUGCUCAGGACAGUCGGUGCUGCUCUAGCCUCUAGGCUCUAGGCGGACGCCGCUGCCGCUCUACAGCCUCUACUCCGGCCUCUCCCGACUCCCCGUCUCCCCGCGCAACCUACAGAGGACAGGGCACUCGAGCACGUGAGAACGCCGCCGCCGCCCACACACAGCCGUACGCUCCUCCUCCGCCGCCACCGAAGCCCUCCACUGCAACAGUGCUCUCCGCUGCCGACCACACGUUGCAAUCUUGCAUGCCUCCGAUGCUUCCAACAACUUAACUACUGGCUGCCCUUUUCCGCAACCCUCUCCCCUUCUGCCUUUUUAUCUUCACUCUUCUCUUGGCCUGAUUCCAACAAGGAAAUUCUAAAGCCUAAUCAAUCUGCAUCGCUUCUGAUCCUUCAGCCAUGCAUCUCACUCUUGAAUUCGGGGGCGGUCUGGAGCUUCUCCUAGAGAAAUCCACCAAGGUACACAAGGUGGAUGUCCAGCAUAGGGACGGUGAAGACAAGGCCACGAUGAAGGGGUUGCUCUCUUGGGUGAAGUCCAAUUUGAUCAAGGAGCGGCCGGAGAUGUUCAUCAAAGAUGAUUCUGUGAGGCCUGGGGUUCUUGUCCUUAUAAACGACUGCGACUGGGAGUUGUGUGGUGGCCUUGAUGCAGAGUUGGAAGAGAAGGACGUGGUUGUGUUCAUCUCCACACUGCACGGUGGUUAAUUUUAUUCUACUGUAGGGUUCGGAUGGCAUUGCGAUCUGUGGAAAAGAUACUAAAUGCGCUGUAGGGUAAGGGUGGGAGGGGGCAAAC